AUGCCUGAGCCCAAGGACUAUACGGUCGGCUGGAUUUGCGCCAUAAGAACGGAGUAUGUAGCUGCACGACAAUUUCUCGAUGUGGAACACACAGAACCUCCAAUCGUGUCACCCAACGACAAUAACGCUUAUACACUGGGUGAAAUAGGGGGGCACAAUGUCGUCAUUGCCGUUUUGCCUGACGGGGAGUACGGCAUAUCCUCUGCCACUAGUGUUGCAAAAGACAUGAUACAUAGCUUUUGUAACAUUAGAGUUGGCCUGAUGGUCGGGAUUGGUGGCGGUGCACCGAGCAAAAAGCAUGAUAUCCGUCUGGGCGACAUUGUAGUCAGCGCUCCUCGAAAUGGAAAGGGCGGCGUGUUUCAGUAUGACUUUGGCAAAACCAUUCAAGAUCAGGGUUUUAAGCCAACGGGGUUUCUGAACCAACCUCCAACUGUCCUACGUACAGCAGUGACUUUAAUUCGUGGCCAGUACGAGAGCGAUGGCCACGAGCUUGAAGGGGAUAUCAACAACAUCCUCCAGAAGAAGAAAAGACUCCAGAAGAUGUAUAGCCGGCCAGAUCCGAGUAGCGAUAGGCUAUAUCAAUCCCAAGUCGUGCAUUCUGCAAAUAACGACAGCUGUAUAACAGCUUGUGGUACUGAUCCAGCAAAGAUAGUACAGCGAUCUCAGCGAACUGAAGACGAGGAUAAUCCGGCAAUCCACUACGGCAUAAUUGCCUCAGGAAAUCAGGUAAUGAAGGAUGCUUUGGUUAGAGAUAUGCUUGCUGCAGAAGAAGAUAUACUAUGCUUUGAAAUGGAAGCAGCGGGGUUAAUGAAUAACUUUCCUUGCCUGGUUAUCCGCGGUAUCUGCGACUAUUCGGAUUCCCACAAGAACAAGGAGUGGCAGGGUUAUGCGGCAAUGGCGGCAGCUGCGUAUGCCAAAGACCUUCUCCGUCGAAUCGCUCCAAAUAGGAUUGAAGCUGAGAAGAAGAUUAUUGAGGUUCUCUCUGGUGCGUCUAAGGUAGUUUAA